AAAAGAAAUCGCAGCCGAUGCAUAAGGCAUGUGGCAUGUGCAGGCUGUUUAGAGUUUAGACUUGAAAAUCACGUUAAAAAAAGGUUUUCACGGUUGUUAUAGGCGCUACGACGGUAGCACCCAGAUUUACCAAUCUAACUUUCCCCCCAAUUUCGUUAAAGCAUCAGUUUAUCUUCUUCGGAAUCGAGAUUCAUUCAUAAUAUUGAUCAUAGGAGUCGGAGAGAUUGAUAAAAUUAACAAUGUCAACCGAUCCAUCGUUGGUUUCGGAGAUGGGUCCUGAUGGUCUCGUUCGCGAAUCGCCUGUCAUCGCCCACACCGAGAGGAUGAUCGAAGAAGAGCAACUUCAAUUGAGGAAAUAUAUCCAAGAGAAUUAUUCAAAAAUUCGUGAAGUUGAGCGGGAGCUUACAAAUCUCACAAUGGAGAUGAAACUCACAGCAGGCCCAAAGAAGGCUGCACUUGAACAUAUGAGGAAGAAAAUAGAAUUGUCAACAGAGAAGGUUCGUGUUGCUAAAUUAAAGGAAGAAGAAGCAAAGAAGGCUUUGGAAGCUGCAUCGAAGGCUGUGAAGGAUGAGGAAGCACUCAAGCAGAAACUAUGCGAAGAUUUGAAUAAUCUGGUCCAAGAGAGCAGUAACUCUCAGUUUGCUAGACUAGAGGAAUUGAAAAGGCGGCUAGAGGCUUUGAAUCCAAGAAGAUCAUCCGCAUAUAUGGCAACCCCUGAAAGUCCGAUGGGACCUGCAUUGACCACCACAAAUCCAGAUGUGUCAGUUCUUAAUAAUGUGGAACCACCUACUGGAUCAUCAAAAAGUGUUCCAAAUCACAGUACUGAGGACAGCCAUAAUCAAAAGACAGUGGGAGAUGUAGAAGGGAGGGGGAAGAAGAAAAGUGCAAUGCAAGGGAGAGGUAAAGGAAUUGGAGCGGUACCCAAGAGCAGAGGAUCUACAGCUGGUUGGACUGGUGCUGGGUUUGAUGUGGAUGGUAGACCCUGACGCUAACGUUCUCAACUCACUUCCAUCUUGUUUUUAUGCCAGGUAUAUAGCUUAGUCCAAUUUUCAAGUAGUAAUUUGCAAUCAAAUAUGCCAUAUUGUUUCUUCCAGUAAUUUAUAAAGUUGUGAUAUGUAGUUUGGUAUGCCAGCUAGAUACAUUUUUGGCAUUGUGCUGCUAUUGUUAGAUUUGUCAAA